AUGGCAGCGGGACGAGAGAGGAAGACAGAGUUUGUAGAAGGAUGGUAUCUUGGGCACACUCUUGGGGAAGGAGCCUAUGGGGAUCUAAUCAUCCAUCUGUGCACAGAGCUGCCGUGGGACGAGGCAGACGUGAACUGUCCGGAGUACAAAGCCUGGAGGGAGGCGCAGCACCUCGAGCUGACUCCUUGGAAGAAGAUUGACAACACUUCUUUGAGUUUAAUUUGUAAAAUUCUCACUCACUCUCCCUCUUCAAGGAUAAAAAUUCAAGAUAUUAAAUUGCACCGUUGGUACCUGAAUGAUUUAGAUAAAGAAAUUUUAAACCGCGAAGCUGAAGCGGAAAGAAGAGCCAAAUUCAAACGUUACAGUGACGAAGAUUUUAAUCGUGUUUGUCUCUCCCAACCGGAGUUCCCGAGCGUAAAUUCUUCGGUCCGCAUAAACCUGGACGAGCGACCUGGGUUCUCGUUUUCGCAGCCAGCUGCUUUAGAAGACUUGCUUUUGUCCACGCAACCGGUUCAAAAUACUCAAUCAACCCAAAACUCGUUCCAGAAGCUGGUCAGGCGUAUGACCAGGUUCUUUGUUAAGACUGAUUGUGAUGAUACCGUCACUCGGCUUGUUGAUGCCUUUAAAAAACAUAAUUAUACUUACCGCAUUCACGAAGCUGGAAUUGUGACAAUUUCGACGGUAGAUAGAAGGAAAAUGCCGCUAGUUUUCAAGGCAAACAUCGUCGAAAUGGAUAGUCAAAUUCUAGUAGACUUCAGAUUGUCUAAAGGUGAUGGUUUGGAGUUUAAGCGUCGCUUUUUAUUAAUAAAAGAAGCCCUCGAUGAUGUUAUUGUUAAGGGACCAGUAACUUGGCCUCUGGCCGUAGCAACCCAGUCGAUGCCAUAA